AAUGAUAUAAAUGAGUAAAUUAAAUAAUUAACACUACCUAUUCUAACAAAAGAUCUCAGUCUCGUUUACAUCUUCUGUCGUCUAGAUUGAUCUAUUGGCAACACUGCGAACCUAAUUGAAGUUUUCGCGCAAUUCUUUACACAGGUUGAUAAGAUUUAUAUUUUAGUAUCAUUCUGUCAGCUCUUUUUCAUCCGGAACAUCUUUACAAUAACUUCAACACAAUGUCUAACCCAUCAGGUGCAAUAUAAUCCAUAACAAACGAGCAGAAUCCUAUUCCUAAUCUUAUAUAAAUGAGUUUAAUACGUAUCUUAGCCUUUUUCACGUUGCAUGCCGGUAAAACUUGUAAGAAAAUGAUCAACGAAGGAAAAACCAAACAGAUUUGGGACUACAGCGAAGACGAGGUGUUAAUUUUGAGUAAAGAUAGCAUCACAGCUUUUAAUGGUGUACGAGGCCACAGUAUAGAAGACAAAGCUGUCAUCUCAACGAAGACUACGUCGAAUAUAUUCACCAUCUUGAACACAGCUGGAGUCAAGACAGCAUUUGUACGACAAAAUGAACCCAAUUCGUUCAUAGCCAAGAAAUGCGAAAUGGUUCCGAUCGAAUGGGUCGCUAGACGUUUGGCUACUGGAUCAUUUUUGAAACGAUUUCCAGGCGUUGAAGAAGGAACGAAAUUUUACCCUUUAAAGCUGGAAACUUUUUACAAGGACGAUGCUAAUGACGAUCCGCAAUGGUCAGAUGAACAAAUGAUAUCGGCUAAAUUUACCUUAAAUGGUUUGCAAAUAGACCGGAGUGAAAUAGACAUCAUGAGAAGAACAACUCAGACGGUAUUUGAAAUCCUAGAAAAAUACUGGGCCACUCAAGACUGCGUUCUGGUCGAUAUGAAAAUCGAAUUUGGUAUAAGUUCGAAAGGUGAUAUUUUGGUGGCCGAUGUUAUCGAUAAUGAUUCUUGGAGAUUAUGGCCAUCGGGAGAUAAACGACUAAUGAAAGAUAAACAAGUAUACAGGAAUUUAAAGGAAGUUACGCAGUCUGAUCUUAUAGUGAUUAAGGAUAACUUUCAAUGGGUCGCUGAUCGUACAGAAAUAAUGAAAGAUAUUCGAAGCACAGCUCUAGUAGUCAUAUUAAUGGGAUCUAAAAGCGAUAAAGAGUACUGUCAAAAGAUAUCGAACUAUUGCGAUAGCCUGGGUUUAAAUAGUGUUCUGAGGAUUUCAUCGGCUCAUAAAAGUACAGAGGAUGUAUUAAAUAUAAUCGCUUACUACGAAGCCACAAAUAGUCAAGUAGUAUAUAUCGCUGUGGCAGGCCGAAGUAACGGGCUCGGUUUAGUACUCGCUGCUAAUACGAUUUUUCCGGUAAUCAACUGCCCUCCUAGUUCAGAUAAUUUAUCGAGAGAUAUUUGGUCUUCGCUCAGUUUACCAUCGGGUAUCGGAUGUACGACGGUUAUAUAUCCUGAGGCAGCUGCGAUAUCAGCAGCUCAUGUAUUUUCUUUAAAUGAUACAUCGGUGUGGUCAAAAUUGAAAGCCAAACAGUUAAAUAAUUUCAUCACCUUGAAAAAUGACGAUAAACAACUCAACUUGAAACAAUAACACCAGAUAGUUUCCGUAAACAAGAUUGUUAUUUAUUUUAAAUAAACAUAUUUGCAUAUUUACAUUAAAAUUUAUACAUACUA